AAAACUAACUCAUGGACAUGGACAACAGUGGUGAUUUUGGUGGGGGUGCGGAGUUAUGGAAGAGGGAAUACUGGAGAUAAAUGGUGAUGGAAAAGAUAAAAUUAAAUUAAAAAAAAGAAAGUACAUAUUGUAUUUGUAUACAUGCAUGUCUUCAGUAAUGUAUUUUUUGAAGCCAUCAGUGUGUAACACUGCUAUUUAAGUGUCUGUAAAAUUACUUAAAGUGUUCUACAAUGGAUUUUCCAGGUUUGAACUUCUUGUCCUGGAAGCUGUGCAUCACCAUAAUGAGGCUUGUAAUUCUUGAUAACUAUGACUUGGCUAGUGAAUGGGCAGCCAAAUAUAUAUGUAAUCGCAUCAUUCAGUUCAGACCUGGAAAGGACAGAUAUUUUACACUGGGUUUACCAACAGGGAGUACACCAUUAGGAUGUUAUAAAAAACUAAUAGAGUAUCAUAAGAAUGGAGACCUCUCUUUUAAAUAUGUGAAGACCUUUAACAUGGAUGAAUAUGUAGGACUUCCCAGGCAUCAUCCUGAAAGCUACCAUUCUUAUAUGUGGAAUAACUUUUUUAAGCAUAUUGAUAUAGAUCCUAAUAAUGCUCAUAUCCUUGAUGGGAAUGCUGCAGAUUUACAAGUAGAAUGUGAUGCAUUUGAAAAUAAAAUAAAAGAAGCUGGAGGAAUUGAUCUUUUUGUUGGAGGAAUUGGUCCAGAUGGUCAUAUCGCUUUCAAUGAGCCAGGAUCCAGUUUAGUAUCAAGGACACGUUUAAAGACUCUAGCAAUGGACACCAUUUUGGCAAACGCUAAAUAUUUUGAUGGAGAUUUAUCGAAGGUGCCAACUAUGGCUCUAACAGUUGGUGUGGGGACAGUGAUGGAUGCUAGAGAAGUCAUGAUCCUCAUAACAGGCGCACACAAGGCAUUUGCUCUCUACAAAGCAAUAGAGGAAGGAGUCAAUCACAUGUGGACUGUCUCAGCGUUCCAGCAGCAUCCCCGGACCAUUUUUGUGUGUGAUGAAGAUGCUACCUUAGAAUUAAGAGUUAAAACUGUGAAAUACUUUAAAGGUUUAAUGCAUGUGCACAAUAAAUUUGUGGAUCCACUAUACAGUAUGAAAGAAGGAACUGAAGGAGAUUGGAGCAAAAUUCUGCUUGAAUGAACAGAACUUUAAUAACAGAUGAAUUUGCAGCUAUGCAGUAUGAUAAAACAUGGGGAAUUUUUGAAGAUUGUCACUUUUAAAGUCCAAUAUAUCUGUUAAACAUUCCAUAUUUAGAAUGUGUCCAUUUUAUACUAGGGUUUAGGAGAAGUAGUCGGGUCUUAUAAUUUAUCAGCUGUUUAAAAUACAGAGGCCACAUAGCCGCUCUGUAAAACAGCACAGAAAUGAAAUAUCUGCCUGUUCGAAAAUUUCGUCUUUUUAAAGGUGAAGAUUCUGUACAUUAAGUACAUUCAUAUGACUCCAGUGGCAUUGUUAGAUUUUAUUUUUUAAUCACAUGAAGACACAACUAUCAUUGUAAACCUUUACUUUUGAAACGCUACCUUACAUUUUUCUGUGCAUUACACAAGCUUUCUGCACGUGGUUGCCUUAGUCAUCUUUCUGCAGUAGCAUCUGGACAUCGAAAGUCCUGCUAUAUAUUGUAGGUACAGAAAAUCUGGAAAGACAGUGCCUAAAAGUACACAUACGUCCUUCUCGAAAGUAUGUAUAAAGGCAUGAUUUUUGUUUACCUUUUUUACAGAUGUGCUCGUUUUUAUUUAAUGACUUGGGUUCAUGCUUUUAAUACAAGUAUUUUGGCAAUUAUGAGCUUUAUACCUGGUAACACACUUAAGGAAAUUCUUUUAAAGCAAAUUUUCUGAUUAUUGUUAAACUUCAUAAAUUAGCUUUACUCCUUACAUAUGUCUAAAAGGAUAAUAUAAUGAAGUAUAUAUAAAUAAUUAUGUAAACUAUUUUAGAUUGCUGUAAAAACUUGCACCAUUAAACUGCAAAUAAAAGUAUAUUGUUUUUUAUCUUUUAACUCCAAUAAAGCUUAUAAUAAAUAUAAGUAAUCUAAAUUUUUUUUCCAGAAGUGAAAUUGAAUACAUGCAUCUGAGAGAUUACAAUUAAUAGUGGCUCUUGUAGCUUGCAUUUAACUUUUUGUUUAUUGUCAUCAUACAAUUAGGAGAUUUAAGUUAAAAGACAAUGACUCUGCCUAUAUUUUCUUAGUCUUGCUCCUCGGAGAGUAAAAAAGUACUACUUUUCCUCUGAAUAUUUUGCAUGUUAUAAGCCCAUCUAGUAGAAGCAUUAUUUAUGUACCUGCUUAACUGCCUUUGUGACUGAAAUGCAUUUAGUUAAGUUACCUAAAAAACUUAAAUAGCAAAUAAAUUAGAAGUUAAAUACAAAUAAAACUUUGGAUAAAAUAUACUGCUUUAAUUCCAAAUAAUGAGGCUGUAAGAGCCUUAAGUGUUAUAAAUGGUUUGUAAAUGACUACUCAGUCAGUAGUAUCAUCUUCCAGUCGCACCUGAUGUUUAAGUAUUGGUUACUGCAAACUACUUGUAACUACCUUACAAGGUCAUGUAUCUUAGUGAAAAAGCUAAAGGUGCCUGUUUUGGUGCUUGGUUCACCAGUUAUUAACUACUGUGCUUUAAAUGUGUUUGUGGAAACACAGUCUAGAAGGUCUUUCCAUUACUGCCCCUGAGGAUCAAGCUCCCCACCAAACUGCUUUCUGGCCACUCUAGUUCCUUAACUCAGGCCAAGAUGCUGUUAAGGAAAGAACUAAGAAACCUAUUGAAGAUAUUUCCACAAGAGGCAAUAAAGCGUGGUAGCUAAGAAUUGGGGUUUGGAGAAAGAAACAACUGUUUGAACGCCAGGUCUGUCAAUAACUGAUGUCAGAAAAUAAAAACUCUGAGUUUCUUCCCCUA